CACCGCACCGGCACCGCCACCCGACACAAACGCACACGCGAACCGCGUGAUUACUCGUCGCCGUCGCCGCCGUCGCAGUCGCAUAUUCGAAAAGAAAAAAAAAAUUGUUACAAAUAUCGCGCAUAAUUUUUUUAUUCACAUCACACACACACUCACAUCAAGUGCGGAUAAAAAAAAAAAAACAACAGCGGUGCGUGUCUGUGUGUGUGUACGAGUGCGUGUGGUCCGACGAUCUUGGACCUUAUUCGGUUUUUUUUUUUUUGUGAUAAUUAAUUUUUUGCUCAAAUAAAAACCAUAAAUUUUAAUACUCAAUAUUAUUAUGUGAUUUGUCGUGCUAUUUUUUAGCCUAAUUUUUUUUUUUUUACCGGCCGUCCGACGUGUGUCGCAUACGAGGAUUCGUGUGUACCUACCUGUACUUGCUAUACACGCGGUUGACCGAUUUUUUCCACACCUGUUUUUGACAUUUUCGACGGGCAAUUUUUUUUUUCGUGCGUUGUUCGAUUUGUUGUUGAUCGUUUAUCAUUCGUUAAAUAUAAAUAUUACGUUCGUCGUUCGUUGUUUGUGCAACUGCAGCAGCCGUGGACAUCGUCGCACCAGUAUCCAGUGCAUCGCGUGCAUGUGCAACUGCAGUGUAUCGCACACCACAAGUUGCUAUUGUUGAAUGGUGACAAUGGCUGAUACGGGAUUGUUGGCCGCACCGGCGGCAGCCCGACACGGCGCGGGCAAGGUGCAGACGCCGCCGGACUCGGUGUACUCGUCGGCGGCCGAGGACACGGACUCGGACCCGGACGAGCACCGCGUCAAGGACCAGCCGGUGUGCCUGGCCCGGGCCAACAGCGACAGCGUCGUGUCGGCCGCCAUGCACCACCACCACCACAACAACAACAAUAGCAUCAACAACAACAACAACAAUAACAACAACAACAGCACCCGGAACAAGCGGAAAAACUUCCAGCCGCGCAACAUCAGCUACACGCAAGAGGACGCCGGCCAAGAGGAUAACGGCCGCCGGCCCGGCACGGCCGUGACGGGUGGCGGCAACGUGACCGCGUCCGCCGCGGUGCUCGACUUGAGCGCGUGCGCCGGGUCCACUCUUGCCAAGCGGCCGCGCGUCGACGACGGUUCCGCGCCGAUGGAUCUCACGUGCGCCGUGUCCACGCCGCCGCAGCCGCAGCCGCCGGUUCUGAUGGCCUCGUUGCCGGACAAGCGGCGUUUCUCAUUGGCCACCGCCGGCCACCCGCAACCGCACGAAGAGUCCGAGCUCAAAGAGUACGCCCAGAACACCGUCAGGGAGCUGUUGGAGAUCUACGGGCUCAACACGGACGUGGCCGACGCUAUCACCAACAACGUGCCAAUGGUCAACUUUUCCACCGGACGCAUACUGGAAUCUUUGGCCGCCAGAGGAGUUGGCCUGUACCCGGCACUGGGUCUACCGCUGUUGCAAGCCGCACAAAAGCCGGCCAGCACGGCUUCUCCCAGCCCUAGGUCCAGCCCGGCCAACUCGGCACCUCCGUCGCCUACCCAAAAGCAGUCCUCGACGUCCGUGAUCGUAUCCCUGCCGCAUCCCGUGCACCACAGGGACGUGGCAACGACCGGAGCAGGAACGGCAGCGCCAACGACGUCACUGGGCAUCCAGACACUGUCGCCGCGUUCCACAGCAGUCACCGCAUCGCCGCUCCCGAUGCCGACACCGACCUACACCAAUGCCCAAGAUAACGGAUUAUCAAAACGGUCUCUGAGCCCGUUGGCGUUGACUACCGGCAGACCAGAAACCCAAAGCCAAACACCGUCUUCGAUAGCGUCGGCCCUGAGCAACGUCACCAUGGUGUUGCAAGGAGCAGCUACCGGAGGAGGAACCAGCUCGUCCGCCACAAGUGGUGACUAUUCUCGUUACGUGAGGAGGUUCAGCAGUUGUCAGGAAUGCGGGUCUGCUCGUUGCCGGGAUUUGAACUACAGAGAGCACUUCCAUUGUCUUGAUUGUAACUCGAGAGUGUUUGUGAAGAAAGAGGAGAUGAUCAGACACUUCAAGUGGCACAAGAAGAGGGACGAGAGCUUGCAGCACGGUUUCAUGAGGUACUCGCCGAGCGACGACUGCUCCGACCGUUAUCAGGGAUGCAGUCACAAUCGCAAGCAAACCCACUACCAUUGCAUUCAGGGCACGUGUGAUAAGGUGUACAUUAGCACGUCUGAUGUGCAGAUGCACGCAAACUAUCACAGAAAAGACUCGGCAAUCAUACAGGAAGGGUUUCAGAGACUGAGGGCCACCGAAGAGUGCCGUACCCCUUAUUGCGCUUUUUACGGUCAGAGGACCACGCAUUUCCACUGCAGGCGUGACCACUGCCAGUUUACCUUUAAAAAUAAAGCCGAUAUGGAAAAACACAAAACAUAUCAUAUCAAAGAUGAACAAUUGGCCAGGGACGGAUUCAAGAAAUUCAUGAAGCCGGACCCUUGCGGUUUCUCCAACUGUCGGUUCUCUCAAGUCUGCAAUCACAUCCAUUGCGUCCGAGACGGAUGCAACUACGUGCUGCAUUCGAGCGGUCAACUUUUAAGUCACAAACGAAAACACGAGCGCAAAGACAGCGAAAUAGCGUACAGGAAAUUCAAACUGGCCCAACAAGCCGUGCUGAACAUGACAGGCAACCCGGAUCAGAUGAACGAGCUGUCCAUUUCGCCGAGUAGUUCCCUACAAUUUCUCCAUCAGCAAGCCAACUCUUUGGCAUCUCUUUCGGCGUUGGCCGCCCAAGCGGGCGACGCUGCUAGCUAUAGCAAUAGCUCUAGCGACGGCGGUCCAAUGUCUCCGUUGCCUUUGACCAGGGUCACUUCGAAGGCAGGACAAGGAUUUUUCACUGACAACUCGUCCACCGCUCCGGACGGAUCGUCUCCGGACGACGUCGAAGUCUGGCCGAGAUACCUGACCAGGUUCAAGCCGAAUACUUGUAUCAGCGGUUCGACUUGUGUACUGUACGACGCCGAUCAUUUCCACUGCAAAGAGCCCAACUGCGAAAUGCCAGUCAGGAACCAAGAAGCAGCCGAGACUCACGCUCGCAAUCACGAUAAUCAGGAAAGGAUUAACGAGAGCUUCUACCCGGGAGGCCCGGCCUAUUGCCAAGACACGUGCACCAAGGAACAACACUAUCAUUGUGUUUUGGAAGGAUGUUACGAGGCGGUUUUGCCGUCAGAACGUGGCGAACACAUCAAGAGCCACGACAUCCCGUACGGCCAGUAUAACUCUCUGGACGCUCUUUUCAGAAGAAAGCGUGGUCGGCCCCCCAAGAACCGUGUCAUUGAAGUGUGGAACGAUUACGCCGGAGGAUCUACCGGCGAUUCGCCUCAAGCUAUAUUCACUAGUUUUAAAUUGCCCAAGCCCUCGCAAAUCGGACAGCCUUCCGAAGAGCCCGACGUCCCUACUCAAACCACACUGGAACAGCAUUGUUUCGAAGAAUACCGUUACGGUUGUCCGGACAAUCUCUGCAAGUACACCAGCGAAGGCGUAGCGUUGCAUUAUCAUUGUCGCCGGCCCAGAUGCUUUUUUGCCACCGACAACGAAGAGCAGCUCCAAGCUCACUCCACGCACUUCCACGACAACGUGACCAUCAUGGAAGGCUUCUUGUUCUUCGACAGUUCGGUGGACUGCCGACUGGAGACAUGCGUCAAUAACACAGUCAACAAGCAUUUCCAUUGCGUUAGAGCGGGAUGUGGUUUUUCGUUCACUAGAUACUCUCAGAUGGCUCAACACUUGUUACAACAUCAAACCACGGCCGGUGUGCAAAUCACCGACAAACUAGAAACUCAAAUUAAAGAAGAAAUCUUGUCUCCGUCUAGACCCCAAGCCACUCCUUCGCCGUCUGACUCGGCCACCAGCCAACGUUCCACAACGGUGGUGAAGGCUUCGGGCACUUUCUACCCUAUGAGCGGCCUAUCGAACGCUAAGAGUUCCUCUCCAAAUUUCUCAGACCCUGCAGCCCUUACAGAUAAACCCAAAACGGACCCAAGCUUGAGCAUCGAACCGGUGGUGACCAUUCAAGUGCUACCCGAAUGGAUGAGUUUGGAUAGACACGAAAAAUACGGGCCCGAGCAGCCUUGCAGUCGCGCUUUCUGCAAGCUCAAGCGAAAAGAACAUUAUCAUUGUAACGCUUGCAAUCAGGCUUUCUCGGAGAUGGACAAAUUAAAACCGCACAUUAUCAAACACACCCCGGGCGCCAUGCCGACGUUCAUGCAGAAAACCGAGAACAACAACAACAACGACGACGAAGACGAACCGGAAGACAACGUCCGACAACCUCCUGCACUGACCAUGGUGCCCAUAACCGGCGACGGCGGCAACCCGGCUUGUCUACCGCAGCACUCGCCUUACCCGCCCGGCUUCAGCGCCGCCAUGGCCGCAGCAAUGGCCAACCAACAGUUUGCCUCGCUCAUGACUUCUCAGGGAUUGCCGUUCAUGCCACACGCCAUCCAAGCCAUGUACAGUUCGGCCCCCACAAACCUCAUGUUCGCCCCGCCCGGCUUCGGCUCGCACCCCCAUCCGGUGGCGAUGCUUACCAACGGCAUGUUGAACCGCAGCGGUUCGGACUCGACCGGCAACAGCGACAACCGGCCCAUGUCGCCUUCGCGGGACAUGAGCCCCGAGAUGAGAAAGGCCAGAGUGCAGAACUCUAUGCGCAUACUCAAAGACGAACCCGUCCCCGAAGGUUAUCUCCGUUUCCGGUUCAACGAGGAUUGCCACUACACGCACUGCGGAUACAGGGAACACCAGACGCAUUUCCAUUGUAUGCGCCAGGACUGCGGUUACAGUUUUUGCGACAAGACCCGUUUCGUGCAGCACACGGCCCGACACGAGAGACUCGACACGCUCAUGGGAGGCGACUUCCAACAAUACCGGGCCAACGUGUCUUGCGGCCGCGCCGACUGUGCUUACGCUUCGGCCAUGAGUACGGGCCAAAACAAGGCGUCUCACUUCCACUGUCUGAAAUGCGAAUUCGUGUGCACCGACACCAACAAAGUGGUGGCGCACAGACGCCAACACCAAAAGCUGGACUCCAUCAUGGCUGCCGGUUUCGAAAAGUUCACCCCGGCGCAGGCGUGCAGCCAACCCGGCGGAUGCGUUCACUCCGGCAAGCAGACGCACUACCAUUGUCUUAGCUGCCAGUACGCCGUGCUGGGUCUUUCCCAGAUGACCGCCCACAAGUACAGACACAUGGAAUAACCUGAGCUAAGAAUAGGAAACCACCCCCUCGACAACAAUUGCACCCCCAUCCACCCUUGACGAUUUCGUUCAGUUCCUAAAAAAAUAAAAUAGGUAUCGAUGAAAAAAACAUUCGGACAGCCUGUCGGGCCCAAAACAAGGUUAUAAAAUUGUUUUUUUAGUUGAAGUUAGUAGGUUGAUAUUAGAUUUAAUGUAAUUACAUAUAUUGUAGUGUGUACGCAGGGUGUGCGAUUUUACCGUGAGUCUAUUAUUGUUGUUUAUUAUAGGUAAUACCUAAAAAACGGCACGAUAAUAAUAUUGUAUAGGUAAUAAACACAUUAAAAAAAAUAAAAUAAAAAUCUCAUCUACUUUAGUUUUCCCGCCUUAUUAAGUAGGUAUGUGUACAUAGAUGUUAUUAUAAUAUGUUUUAUUUAAACUAGUCUCGCUUAUUAUUAUUUUUUUCCUUCAAUAUCAAUUAUUAUCUUUAUCGUAAAUUACGUUUAAUUGAUCAUCUUUAAAUGUUUUGUAUUUAUUAUUAUUUUUAAACAACUUACCUAUUAUUAAUUUAUUCAAAACCACACUCCCAUUUUAACGGUUUUUAUUCUUUUGUGAUAUAUAUACAAUUUUUGUUUGUACAUAUUCAUUAUUUCCUUUUAUUCUCUCGUCAUUCCCCACCAUCUCUCCUAGUGUGUAAAUAUUAUUUUAUUAUUAUUAUUAAUAUUAUUACCUAUAUUAUUAUAGGUUGUGUAGUUGACUGCAAGACCUUAAACAUAAUUUUUUUUUUCUACCACGUCCUGUGGAAUUUUAAAAUAUAAUUGCGCUAGUGUUGAGAGAACACCAGCAAUAUUUUAUUAUAGACUUAAACAUAGUGCCUUUUAAACGUGUAUACACGUGCAGAGACAUUAAUGUUUCAUAUUAAACAAUUUAAAAAUCAUAGAAGAGAGAUACGGCAAGCACGUUUUCCUCGUUUAAACUGAUCUUAUAUAAAUAUAUAUAUAUAUUUUUUUGUAAAUCCUUAUAUAUAGUGAACAUAAUUAGAUGUAAUCAUUUUAAGUAAUAUUUUAUUAUUAUAAACAAAGAUAUUCGAGUGUUUAAAAAAUAAAAAUACUGACUUAAAAAAAAAAAAAAGAAGAGUAUUGUGAUAGAUUUUUUUUUUGGUUUAUUUAUGAGUCAUGGCUGCCAUAUAAACAUUGAAUUUCUUUUUGUUCAAGUGUAUUUUGUUUAGAUUUUUAUAGAAUUAUAAAAUAAUAUUAUACAUAUUUUACAUAAAGAAAUUAUAGUUUCUUUAAUUGUACUAUUAUGGGUUAAUUAGUGCCUUAACAAAUUUUUUUUUUUGUACAUUUUUAUUUAGAUUAUCAUUGUAAAUGGAAAUUGUAAAAUUUUUGUUUUUAUAGAUAUUACCUAUGCAUUAAUAAAAUAUUUAAAGUAUGUUUUCUAUGAGUUGGUG